GAGUGCGCUGACAGUCAAUAGCGGCGAGGAUAAACUUCACAACGUUUAACCGAACAGCUUUAGCGGAAAUAUCAUCAACGUAUAUUUGAAUAUGUACUGAUAUUGCGCCCGAGGAACUUUAAAAUAUCCUACUUUUUUGGUGAAUCCGAUCCUCUCGCAGCACCUUGGGUCUUGACACAUCGCAGUCAGUGUCUUGGGCGCCUCGUAGACACCAGGGUAAGAUUUGGAUGAGUAUGAACUCAUGCGUGAACCGGUGUCUUGAAGCGCGUGUGCCAGGAAUCGCCUCUCCCUCAGCCCGUGAGCACCUUUAGACGCAGGGCUGAAGAGAUUGCUUCUCUGCAGGCUGGUACUCUGGUGGACAUCAUGGAUGCACACUCGAAGGCUGGCAGGGUGACCGCACGGUCCAGGCGACCUGGUCCACCUCUGCCAUGGCUUCGCUUAUUUGUGACACUCCUGUCGGUCUCCCCCAUGGCAAACUGCGUCAAACAGAGCGUCCCCAGGGUCACGCUUGGGUACAAAGAGCUGCUGCACUCGGGCAGCGUGACUCACUUCCAUGAGAGGCUGCACUCUCACACCCUGCUGCUGGACGAGGAGAGGGGCCGCCUGCUGCUGGGGGCCAAGGACCACAUCUUCCUGCUGGAGAUGGAGCACCUCAACAGGAACCCCAGGAAGAUCAGCUGGCCUGCUUCAAAGGAAAGAGUGGAAAUGUGCAAACUAGCUGGAAAGGAUGCCCAUACGGAGUGUGCCAAUUUCAUCCGGGUGCUCCACAGCUACAACAGGACACACGUGUACGCCUGUGGGACAGGGGCCUACCACCCCCUUUGUGCUUUCCUGGAGACCGGGGGGCGUGGAGAGGAAGGCGUGUUCCACCUCCAUAUGCAGAGUGUUGAAUCCGGGAGACUGAAGUGCCCUUUUGACCCCUGGCAGCCCUUUGCCUCAGUGCUAACAGACCAAUACCUGUACGCUGGAACAGCUUCCGACUUCCUUGGCAAAGACACAACAUUCACCCGAUCCCUAGGCCCCCCUCACGAUCAGCAUUACAUCAGGACGGACAUAUCUGAGCAUUACUGGAUCAACGAAGCCAAGUUUAUAGCGGCCCACCCCAUCGCUGACACUUACAACCCUGACGACGACAAGGUUUACUUCUUCUUCCGUGAGGCGUCCCGGGACGGAGGGUCCGGUGAUAAAAGCGUCCUGUCCCGAGUGGCCCGUGUCUGCAGGAAUGAUGUGGGAGGCUUGAGGAGCCUGACCAACAAGUGGACCACGUUCCUCAAAGCCAGGCUGGUGUGCUCCAUCCCGGGGCCGGACGGGGUGGACACCCACUUCGACGAGCUUCAGGACAUCUUUCUGCUCCCAACCCGAGAUGAGAGAAAUCCCAUUGUGUAUGGAGUCUUCACCACCACAAGCUCCAUCUUCAAGGGCUCGGCGGUGUGUGUGUACAGCAUGGCCGACAUCCGAGGAGUAUUCAACGGGCCGUACGCCCACAAGGAGGGACCCGACCACCGCUGGGUGGAGUAUGAGGGCCGGAUUCCCUACCCACGGCCUGGGACCUGUCCAAGUAAGACGUAUGAUCCUCGGAUCAAGACCACCAAAGAUUUCCCCGAUGAAGUGAUCAGCUUCAUUAAGUACCACCCCAUGAUGUUCCGGGCUGUGUACCCGGUGACCGGGGAGCCCGUCUUCACCCGGGUGAACGUAGACUACAGGCUGACGCAGAUAGCCGUGGACCGCGUGGUGGCCGAAGACGGACAGUAUGCUGUCAUGUUCCUUGGCACAGACGUGGGGACUGUCCUGAAGGUGGUGAGCAUCACUCAGGAGAAGUGGGUGACGGAGGAGGUGGUUCUGGAAGAGCUGCAGGUGUUCCAGGUCCCUUCACCCAUCCUGAACAUGGAAAUUUCCUCAAAACAGCAACAACUGUACAUCAGCUCUAGAGACGGGCUGGCGCAGGUGUCCCUGCACCGGUGCCACAUCCACGGCAAGGCGUGCGCCGAGUGCUGCCUCGCCCGAGACCCCUACUGCGCCUGGGACGGCCACUCCUGCUCCAGAUACAUGCCGGCCUCCAAGAGGAGAGCCAGGAGACAGGAUAUCAAGCAUGGCGAUCCCUCGAGCCAGUGCUGGGAUGUUGAAGACUCCACUGGUACUGACCAGGCAGAGGAGAAGCUGAUGUUUGCGGUGGAGCACAACUCCACCUUCCUGGAGUGCAUUCCUAAGUCCCAGCAGGCCCAGAUCCGCUGGUUCCUACAAAGGCCCGGCUCUGAGCAUCGAGAGGAGGUGAAGCUGGAUGAGAGGGUGAUCCGGUCGGAUUUGGGCCUUCUGAUCCGGACCGUCCAGCAGCGUGACGCGGGUCUGUACUACUGCACGGCGCAGGAGCACUCCUUCACCCACACCCUGCUGAGGGUCACCCUCAGGGUCAUCGAGCAGGGCCACCUGGAGCCGCGGGCGGGGCGGGCCGAGGAGGCGGCGGCCGCCGCCGAGGCGCGGCACCGCUACAAGGACUACCUGCGCCUGAUGAGCGGCCCGGCGCUCAGCGUGGACCAGUACUGCGAGACCAUGUGGCUCCGCGACAGGAAGCUGAAGCAGAGGGGCAAGUGGAAACAUGUGCAGGAGCUGAGGAAGAGCCGCAACAGGAGGCACCACCUCCAAACCGGGACCCCGCCCACAUAAGCCAACGGGUGCCGGGUGACAGACUGAGCCACGCCCACAAACGCCACAAGGCCACCUGGAACAUACUCUCCCAAGUGGCCCCAAACCGUGAGAGAAAGGUGAAGGAGCCUGACUUUAUCCCAAGCUCGUCGGCUCUAUCAUAACCCCGACGAAAAUGCAUUCAUUUUAAAUAAGUGUAAAUAGUCCAAUUACCUUGUA